AUGAGAAGCAAAGGAUACAGAUCUAACACCAGAAGUACUUUCAAGAAAGAGUACAACCAGCAGAGAAUACCGCAGACAACCACCAUUCUUAACCAGUACAAAAGAGGAGACUAUGUUGACAUAAACGUUGACUCUGCCAUCCACAAGGGAAUGCCCCACAAGACUUUCAUUGGAAAGACAGGAAGAGUGUACGCAGUCUUCAAGACCUCUGUGGGAAUUGCCCUGACAAAGAGAAUUGGAAACAGAAUGCACGUCAAGCAGGUCAUUACAAGAAUAGAGCACGUGAGACCCAGCAACUGCCAGAAAGAAAAGAUCGCAAGAGACAACUACAGAGAAGAGCACGGCGUAGCUCCACCAAAGCCUCUUCCAGAAGGCCCCAGACAGGCAUUUACUCUUUCGCUAGAGGAGAACACUCCAGUUGUGCUAAAGCCAAACACUCACUAUGCUAUGUAA